AUGUCACUCGCUACGCUUACUCCGCCUGGCAGUGGCGCUCGUCCGUUUGUCGCAAACGCGUCGCCAGCGGCGACCGUAUCUCACCAGAAAACUCGCUUAGAAAAGCAACAGCAGCAGCAACUGCAACAGCAAGAGGAGCAGGAGCAGGAGCCGUUGCGUCCCCCUCCCUUGUUCCGCCUCGAUCGCUUCUUCGGUUCCGCCCCCGACAGCAUUUGGAAAACGCCAGGCGAAAGCGCAAGCAAUGGCGAGAUCGGUGGCGCAGGAGAAAAGAAGCGGGGGCAAGCGGAUGACGCAGGGGGGAAAGAAGGGGGAGGAGGAGGGGGUACUUGGCUGAUAGACCCGGGGGACGGCACCAGCGGGGAAGGCGCGGAAUUUCCUCCCGCGGAGCUCUUCACUGUGCGGAACUUCCCCGUGAGGCUGCCGCGGCGGAAGGGGAAGCGGAGAAAGGGCGACCGGGAGGAAGAUGUGGGAGGAAAGACGAACCCAGGCACGGUGGAAGGUGGUUCAGUGGGGCAAGACUCGUGGGUGCUCCCAGUAACGGGGGAUAGGUUUCCCGUGACGCCGUAUCAAGAUGUGAUUAAAGCGGGGGAGAGGAACGUGGACUCCUACCACUCGUGCAGUCAGCGACCACGACUUGGUGCGCAUCGCAAUAAGCUGAACCCGAAACACGCUUUGCCACUUCUCCCGGGGCCCCCUCUCUCUCCACCCCCUCUCUCUCCAUCCCCUCUCUCUCCACCCCCUCUCUCUCCACCCCCUCUCUCUCCACCCCCUCUCUCUCCACCCCCUCUCUCUCCACCCCCUCUCUCUCCACCCCCUCUCUCUCCACCCCCUCUCUCUCCUCCCCCCGACACUCCCAUCCGCGCAGUCGGCGACCAGCGCGGCGACCAGCGCGGCGACCACGACGUGGCGCACAUUGAAAUGAGUGAGCCCAAGAAUCCCCCUCCCCUACUUCCCCUCACCGUCCUCCUGAAGUGCCCCCAUCCCCCUAUACACAACUCCCUCCCCCGCCUCAACACCAACCUCACCAUGCUGCUGGGCGCAGAGGACGACGGGGUGUACGACGUGGACAUGCGAGUGACGCUCUACUCUCCCCUCCCUCCUAUCCCCUGCCUCCCCUCCGCCACCAGCAACCUCACCAUGCUGCUGGGCGCGGAGGACGACGGGGUGUACGACGUGGACAUGCGAGUGACGCGUGUAAUCAACCUCACCAUGCUGUUAGGAGCGGAGGACGACGGGGUGUACGACGUGGACAUGCGGGUGACGCUCUACCGCAACUGGUUUGACAAGUCGGGGCAGCGACAGCCCAAGGCGCGGUGGGGCAGGGUCCACGGGUGGAUGGAUGGAUGGAUGGCAGGAAAGGGAUGGAGUGGUGGUGGGAUGGAUGGACUUUUGAGGUGCCUCAAAGGACUGAAGCAGAGCGGAGAGGGGGUGAACGGUUGCAGGGACGGAUCAUGGAUGGAAGGGAAGGGAUGGAGUGGUGGUGGGAUGGAUGGACUUUUGAGGUGCCUCAAAGGACUGAAGCAGAGCGGAGAGGGGGUGAACGGUUGCAAGGACGGAUCAUGGAUAGAAGGGAAGGGAUGGAGUGGUGGUGGGAUGGAUGGAGUGAUGGAUGGGGAGAGACAGUGGAAUGGACGGUUGGGAGGAGAGAUGGAGGCAUGGAGGGAUGGAUGA